AUGGCGACGACAAUGACGAAACCAAUCUCGUUAACUUGUCUCCGUUUCAAUUAUGAUCGAAAAAACAUGUCUUUCUCUGAUUGCAUUUCGAUUUCUUCUGGAUUCCGACCGUCUUCUCUCGAUUUGGUCACGAAAUCACCGAGUAAUAACAAAACUCGUUUUUUCCCUCUCGUUAGAGCACAAAGCUCUUCUGAUUAUAUUCCAGACUCAAAAUUUUACAAGGUGGAAGCAAUUAUCAGGCCAUGGAGAAUCCAGCAUGUUUCCUCGGCUUUAUUGAAAAUCGGGAUACGAGGUGUUACGGUUUCUGAUGUUCGAGGGUUUGGUGCACAAGGUGGUUCUACUGAGAGACAUGGUGGCUCUGAGUUCUCGGAAGACAAGUUUGUUGCUAAAGUUAAAAUGGAAAUCGUUGUCACGAAAGACCAAGUGGAAUCUGUAAUCAACACCAUAAUUGAUGGAGCAAGGACUGGAGAGAUUGGUGAUGGGAAAAUUUUCGUUUUGCCUGUGUCAGAUGUCAUAAGGGUUCGGACAGGUGAGCGCGGAGAAAAGGCAGAGAAGAUGACUGGUGAUAUGCUUUCAUCCUCUUAG